UCGUAGCGGAGAAAGGUAGAAAAGCAACGGUUUAUUAACAGAGAGGGACGUUUCGGCCGACUAUUCCGUUUGGCAUAAUGAAGACCAAACCAGUGAUAACCUGCCUCAAGACCCUCCUAAUCGUCUAUUCCUUCGUGUUCUGGAUCACAGGGGCGAUCCUGCUGGCAGUGGGAGUAUGGGGGAAGCUAAUGCUGGGUCCGUACAUCUCUGUGAUUGCGGACAAUUCCACCAACGCACCUUUCGUACUCAUCAGCACCGGCACUGUCAUCAUCAUUUUCGGACUUUUUGGCUGCUUUGCCACCUGUAGGGGGAGCCCAUGGAUGCUGAAGCUGUAUGCAAUGUUCCUGUCCCUGGUCUUCUUGGCUGAGUUAGUCGCUGGAAUCUCCGGUUUUGUUUUUCGCCAUGAGAUAAAGGGGACAUUCUUGAGGACGUACACGGAUGCCGUGUUGAACUACAACGCUCAAGAUGAGACCAGUCUGGCCGUGGACAUGAUGCAGCACAAUCUGCAGUGCUGUGGGGUGUAUAACUACACCAGCUGGCUGGCCAGUGUGUACUACCCUUCCAAUGGCCUCCCAUCCAGCUGUUGCUCCAAUGCCUCCGACUGCAGCCUCCAGGACCGCCGUAAUGCCACUGUGGGCCCCACCAAGGUCAACCAGAAGGGCUGCUACGAGCUAGUCACCUCCUUCUUAGAAACCAACAUGGCCAUCUUCGCAGGAGUGACGUUUGGCAUCGCCUUCUCACAGUUGAUUGGCAUGUUACUGGCAUGCUGUCUUUCAAGGGUCAUCACGGCUAAUCAAUACGAGAUGGUGUAACAGUGAUGGAGCAGGAGAUGAAGAGGAGAGGAUGACAGGGUGACACCUUUGAAGCCUGGGGAAUGAGGACGGACACCCAUUUCCCCAGUACAGCACAUUGCAUCUUUUCUCACACUGAGCUCUCUCUGUCUCCAUCUCCCUGUCCAGACGUGCUAUUUCACAUUUUAAUAAUGUAACUAAUUGUAAAAAAGCCAUUCCUUAAUUCACUGCUGUGCCAUGAAAAGCUUUCUAUCUCCAUCCCUCUGCCCCCCGCUGUCUGGCAUUGAAGUUGCCUUUGUUCUGGUGUGGACCCGUUUGUUCUCUUGAAAUCCUAACCUGAACUAUAAGAGGUAACAUAUGAACAUUGAUAGUAGGUCAGUGUUAAAGCUCCUAAUUAACUUCAUACUUGCUUCUGCACAUAGCACCUCUCAAUCAGGCAUGCAGCUCCUUCCAUGCCUCUCAUCACUGAAAAAUACAUUUGUACAGAAACAGGUAGAAAAAAACUAGACAAAAUAUUAAAAUAUAUUUACCUUACUGUUUUCACUUCUCAUUUCAGAAGGAUGCUUGUAGUUCAAUUAAACUGAUGAAGUCUAGAUGUAUUAACGUGUCUCACUCCAUACAGUAUGUUUAAAAUCUACAUUUUACAUUCAUUUUGUCUGAAUGUGAAACAUAGUAACUUUACUUUUAUUUGAGUUGAAAUGGUGUCAAAUAUUGAGAUGUUAUAUGAACAUAAUACUUAAUGUUGGGUUUUUGCUGUUUUGUAUUUUUUCGUUUUGGUUUUAUUACCUAUGUGUUUGUCAGCGCAAUUCUGUGCAUGAGCGUGUGCGUGCAUUGUGUUUGAGUGUGUGGGUCAUGUGAUAAUCUGUAAGUGUGUGUUUGUGUGUAUGAGGAUGUGAGAGUGUGUCAGCUUGUCUAUCUGUGUGUGAGUGUGUAUGUGCAUGUAUGUGUGUGUUUCUGGACUUGUUUUGCUAUUCUUGUGGGGAAGAAAAGGAAAAUAAGAAAUACUGUCAAAUGUGGGGACAUUUUCCUGAAAUAUAUACUACAGAGCAAGGUUUUAGGGGUUAGCAAGGUAACUUAAGGUUUAACCCUGGGUUUUCGGUGUCAAAGCAAUGGUUCACCUUUUUGCAAAACUUCAUACCAAAAGAUUGGAAGAUUGAAUCUGUUAGUUUGCUUUAUGUCAGGCUAUUCAUGAUCAUUUAACAUUGAAUUGAAAAAUGGAUAGUGGAAUUUAAUUUAUAUUACGAAAUUAUGUUGGAGUGUGGAGUAGUAAAAUAAUGUAAAUCUUUCAUUAAAGAGAAAUAAAGGUGACAUCGGUUAAAACAAGAGAGGAGUGCAAAAAACAGUGACAUUACUUAUCAAUAUCUUAUCAUGUACUAACUGCUUAUCAUCAAGUGGUUCGGUCAUGAAUCCUAAUAAUGUUUAUUUGACAAUGUACAUUUACAUUUAGUCAUUUUUUUUUUUUAUGUAUUAGAACAAAAUACAUCCCUCACUCCUUCCAUAUCACUCAUUCUUUCCAAAUGUUACUCCAUCUUUUUCUAUGCCAUGUUCGUGUUAAAACGUGUGCAUGCAAUUGCAAAUGUUAACCUUGUAAUCCCAUAGUUGCUAAAUUAAAACAAUCCCUUAUAGCUAUCUAAAAAAAUCUGAAAAGUUGUUUUUUUUAAGACCGCAUUCACAUAGACUCAUCAAUGAAUUCUGUAUCCUCGCAAUGUUAUUAAAUGAAAAAUAUGUUUAUGAUUCUGAUUCAUGAACUCACACAACCUGACGUUCCUUCAAGCUUAAAACAAGAAGAAAAAAGUUAAUAUGUAUAUUACAAUAUUAUGAUAAUAUAUUAUAUUAUUACAAUGUCUAGAACAUUAUAUUUUUUUGUUAUGGAAUACGUUCAUCAAAUUAGAUUUGAGCUGUUGUGCUUAUAAUUCUCUAGGUGAGGGUGGUAGUCAAUAACACAACACAAUGCAAAUUACUUCCGGACAUUGCACUUUUCGAAUGUUCACUUAUGGUAAGAAAUACAAAUAGAAUUAUAAAGUAUUUGAUCUUUCACUACAACUAAGUUAUAUGUAAAUGUGUUUACACUGGAAAAGAUGAUUUCUUGUAUUAACAUAAUAAAAAUGUAUUAUUCAUUAUUUAUACCUGAAUUUAAUCAAUACAAAACUUUAUUUGUGGUUGUAGUAUUGGAAACUGUUAUCGGUAUCUUAUGUGUUUUUAUACCAGUGUUCAAUAUCAAACCUCUGUAGAAAGGGGUAGACAACUGUUGCUGGGCAAAAUUAUACUUAAUGAAGCUAGAUAAUAAAAAACAUGUUUCUAAUUCUUAUUUCUGGGAUAAAUUUACAUUUUCCAUCAGUCAAACCCAAUUACCAAUACAAUGUCUUGCUAGCUAGCGAUAGUAUGGUUGUGAAAAACGUGUGUUAGACUACAUUGAAGAAUAGCCCAUCUAUGUUUAGACAGAGCGCUCUGGAAUAUGGGAGUGUGGUUAGCCACCAAGUGAUUUGUGACAUCAGAAUGGUUGGGUUCGCAUUCUAUUUCAAACUAUUAGAUUUCAAUCUGUUAAAUCAUUUCAAAUUUUGCAUACAAAUCAGUUUAAAAUUAACAUUAACAAUUAAUUGCCUACAUUCAGAUUUUAUUUGAGCUGGAAUUAAUAUUGCUCCAAACUGUCACUCAAAUCAGCGCACCUAAAGAACCAGUGUAGCUGUUACGAUAGACACACACAGGGGUGCCGCUAAAAAUGUUGGGCCCCAUGAAGAGAUUGCAAUUUGGGUCCCUGCUCCCACCCCAUUUUGGUAAUGUUUACAUUUAGUAACUAAGCAGAUGCUCUUAUCCAGAGCAACUUACAGU